AUGGUCAAUCAAUUACUUAAAGAGUUUUUCGGUCCUAAAAGACUAUACUUUGUAUGUGGGAAAGUUUACCAAGAUAUGCACUAUGCGAAUAGGAUAGUUCAUUGGUACACCCAGCAUAGGUUGCCUGUGAUUCCAGUAAACCCUAAGGGAGGUGAAAUUGACUUAAGUGUCGAUUCAGUAUCAAGAAGAGUUGCUGGUGAUACUAGAUUGCCCAUCGCACGCACUAUUAAGGAAGGAUUGGACAAUUACAAGGGGAAAAAAGACAUUGACGGGAUCAGUGUAUCGUUUGUGACCCCUCCACCGGUAACCCUUUCGAUAUUGAAGGAACUAAAGGAUGUUGGGACGCCAGUAAUUAGCGUAUGGUUUCAGCCUGGAUCGUGGAAUACCGAGUGUGUGGACUAUGCUACUGCCGAUCUCAAGAUCCCGGAAGGAAAUGUCAUAAACGAUUGUAUUCUAAUAAACGGACAUUCGAAUUAUGUCAAGAGUGAAUUGGUGGCCGAUUUGUGA